GCGGCAGCGGCUGGAGCAGUCUGAGCAGAGAUGGCGGCUGCUGCGGGGUCAGGAACGGCCGCGGCCCCGACGCAGGUGACCGGCGCGGAGGGCGCCUGCUCGGUGCACUGGUUCCGCAAAGGGCUGCGGCUUCACGACAACCCGGCGCUGCUGGCGGCCGUGCGCGGGGCGCGCUGCGUGCGCUGCGUUUACAUCCUCGACCCGUGGUUCGCGGCCUCCUCCUCCGUGGGGAUCAACCGCUGGAGGUUUCUGCUGCAGUCUCUGGAAGAUCUGGACACAAGUUUAAGGAAACUCAACUCCCGCCUAUUUGUGGUCCGGGGACAGCCAGCGGAUGUGUUCCCAAGGCUAUUCAAGGAAUGGGGGGUGACCCGCCUGACCUUUGAGUACGACUCCGAACCCUUUGGGAAGGAACGGGAUGCGGCCAUCAUGAAGAUGGCCAAGGAGGCUGGUGUGGAGGUGGUGACGGAGAACUCCCAUACCCUCUAUGACCUGGACAGGAUCAUCGAGUUGAAUGGGCAGAAGCCGCCCCUUACUUACAAGCGCUUUCAGGCUAUCAUCAGCCGCAUGGAGCUGCCCAAGAAGCCGGUGGGCGCGGUGAGCAGCCAGCAGAUGGAGAGCUGCCGGGCAGGGACCCAGGAGAACCACGACGACACCUAUGGCGUGCCCUCCCUGGAGGAGCUGGGGUUCCCCACCGAAGGACUGGGCCCCGCUGUCUGGCAAGGAGGGGAGACAGAAGCCCUGGCCCGCCUGGAUAAGCACUUGGAACGGAAGGCCUGGGUUGCCAACUAUGAGAGACCCCGGAUGAAUGCCAACUCCCUGCUGGCCAGUCCCACAGGCCUCAGCCCCUACCUGCGCUUCGGCUGCCUCUCCUGCCGCCUCUUCUACUACCGCCUGUGGGACCUGUAUAAAAAGGUGAAGCGGAACAGCACACCCCCCCUGUCCCUGUUUGGGCAACUCCUAUGGCGAGAGUUCUUCUACACGGCAGCCACCAACAACCCCAAGUUUGACCGCAUGGAGGGGAACCCCAUCUGCAUCCAGAUCCCCUGGGACCGCAACCCCGAGGCCCUGGCCAAGUGGGCCGAGGGCAAGACGGGCUUUCCUUGGAUUGACGCCAUCAUGACACAACUGAGGCAGGAGGGCUGGAUCCACCACCUGGCCCGGCACGCCGUGGCCUGCUUCCUCACGCGCGGGGACCUCUGGGUCAGCUGGGAGAGCGGGGUCCGGGUGUUUGAUGAGCUGCUGCUGGAUGCGGACUUCAGCGUGAACGCGGGCAGCUGGAUGUGGCUGUCCUGCAGCGCUUUCUUCCAGCAGUUCUUCCACUGCUACUGCCCUGUUGGCUUUGGCCGCCGCACGGACCCCAGUGGGGACUAUAUCAGGCGAUACUUGCCAAAAUUGAAAGGAUUCCCCUCCCGAUAUAUCUAUGAGCCCUGGAAUGCCCCGGAGUCUGUUCAGAAGGCAGCCAAGUGCAUCAUCGGUGUGGACUACCCACGGCCCAUCGUCAACCAUGCCGAGACCAGCCGGCUCAACAUCGAGCGGAUGAAGCAGAUUUACCAGCAGCUUUCACGCUACCGGGGACUCUGUCUGUUAGCAUCUGUCCCCUCCUGUGUGGAAGACCUCAGCCAUCCUGUGGCAGAGCCCAGCUCGAGCCAGGCUGGGAGCAGCACCAGCACGGGCCCCAGGCCAGUACCCGGCGGCGCAGCAUCCCCCAAACGCAAGCUGGAAGCAGCUGAGGAGCCACCUGGGGAAGAGCUCAGCAAACGGGCCAGGGUGGCAGAGCUGCCCACCCCCGAGCUGCCGAGCAAGGACGCCUGAGACUGCAGAGUCACCGCUCCGUGAGCAAAACCUGGGUGCCCGAGCAGCCACCGUGGCCAGAGUGCAACCCACAGAGAAGCUGGUCACCGACCAAGACAGAGCGAGCGUGUGUGUGUGUGUGUGUGUGUGUGCGCGCGCGCGUGCAGCAGGUGUGUGCUGUCUGUGUGUGCACGUGUGUUUACACUCUCACGAUCCUGAGUGCUGCCUGGGCUGGAGGAGUGCCUGGAGCAGCCCACCUGGCCUCCAGGCACAAGGCUAGAGGUCAUGGCCGUGACCUGCAGCCUUGUCUGAGUAGGAUGUCGUGGUACGACCCUGCUGGGCCCCCUCUCUUUGCAUCAGGCCGAGGAGCAGAAGCGCCGCGUUCCUGCUCUUGUCGGAAGCACAGGAUUCUAGAGGCAGCCAGAGUCCUGCUGAGUCCCCGCUCUCCAACGCAGGAGGGUGGGCAGGAUGGAAUGGGUGGGUGCCAUCCAGGUACAGCCACCUGGCUGUCCUCUUAGUUUAAAAUCCUCUGCCACUGGUCCUGCAGCCUCUUCCUUGGGCAUCUGGGACUGAGGACGAGGCUAUAGACAGAGCUGAAAAGUCUGCUGUUGGCUGGAGGUACACCCAGAUGCCUGACUGGUGUAGUAGCCUAAGAACACAUACGCACUUUCAGGUCUGGACCCCAAGGUGAGGAAUAGAAUCCCAGCUGUCACUGUUCUCCUCCCAGAAGCUGAAAGCCAGCGUCAGAGCCUGCGCAGGAGCCGUGCAGGGGCCAGGGUCCCAGGCGGGCCCUCCACCAGGAGCCUAGGCCAGGUGGCCCCACGGUGCUCAGUGAGGACAGCUGACCGCCGGCCAGGGAAGCCAGCUUGUCAUUGUUCUGUAGGCUUCCAGGGCCUGCUGCGAGCUGGUCCGCAUCCAAGCUGCCGUGUCAGCUGUCCCGGUAGCUGGGCCCCCAGGGCUCAGACAGAGGGACUGCAGUGGGCACUGCCAGGGGAGUUGGCAGAAGUCUGUGUGGUGCUCACAACCAGCACACCGUCCCUUCCAGAAGCGGUAGGCGGGUCUGCACCAAAGCAGCCAGGCCUACACUCCAGGAGUGGCCUGUGCCGCCUCCACUCCCCCCAGCUGUCACAGGCCUGUGUCGAGAGCAGCACUGAGGACUGUGUGGCCAACGAGAGCAAGUCUUCCUUCCACCCCAUGGCCUGCACUUGAGCCACAAUGUGUGCGCGCGUGCGUGUGUGUGUGUGUGUGUGUGCGCGUGCGCGUAAAGCUGAAAGGCUGAUUCCUGUUGGAUUGUUCUCACGUGUAACAUUAAGCUAGCCUCUGGGCCUCUUCCUCUACCUCCCUGUGACCUUUCCAGCCUCAGCUGUUAACUCCCACUGCCCACCCUUACUGUCCUCUGUCCUCAGACCAGAGCCCUGGGGCAGGCUCUUGUCUCCUCAGUGUGCAGCACGUUGACAGGCUUCUUCCUGAGAUGGCCUGUGGUUUUCUCAGCCAGAGAGCUGCCUCUAGAGUCCUACUGUUAUGUGUGUCACCCUCACCAGAAAUGUCCUGUGCUCGCGUGGGGGAAACGCCGUAGGUGCUGGUGUUUUCAGAGCGCUGGGUGGGGCUUUCCUUCCCUCAGCGCAAGCCAGGAGAGGAAGAGUGGUGUGAGCCCGGAAGGUCAAAGGUUGAGGGCCAGAUUCAGUAUUUAUUUAGCAGCACCUUCAGCUAGUGAGAUGAUUCCCUUCUCCAGCCUAUUGGAUGGCUCUCUUCCCUACGGUACAGGCUGGCGAGACCAACUCCCCUCUGCCAUUCCCAGCAGGCUGGCCCGUCCCCAGGACAAGCUUCCAGUGCAAUGGAAUCGUCCACUCCUGGAGCUGUGGGGUGGGGCGUGGUGGCCCGUAGCUCCAUGAUGGCUCGGGCCUCCGUCCCUGGCCCAAGUGGCCCUGGGGACUGCCGCAGAGCAAUGCCCCAGACCUUCAUCCAAGGACCAGUGUGGGGAAGAGAUGGUCGCAGGCAAAGUGCACUUUAUAGAAAUCUUCUAUUGCUGGGAAGGUGUGUUUCUCCCACGGUUUGUUUGUGAAUAUUCACUUGUUUUAUAAACUUCUGAUCCUGUCUGA